UUCUUCCUCAGUCCUGGCACCACUAGCGAGUCAUUCUUCCUGCACACAGCUGAGGAGCAACAGCAGCCUCCUCCUCUACACUCUCCUCUCUCUCUCACACCUCUCAGUUGCAUCUGAGCUCAGCCAGCACUAACAGAAGCUCUAAAGAAAACAAACACACACACAGAGAAAACAGUAAGAGGAUCAGGAUGCGGAUGAGUGUUUCCAGCGUGCCGGCAGUUUCCUCCUGCCGUCCCAUCCAGGCUGCUUGGAAGCUCACUUUCCACCUACUACUCCUGCUGCUCCUGGGCAGAGGCAUCAAGGGUGUCCCCUCUCCUUUCCAGUUGGCUCCAGACACCCCUGCCCCGGCCGAGCCCACCCCGACCCAACCCAGACCUCGCCCAGACCCCUGUGAAGGCCGGCCGUGCCUCAACGGGGGACUCUGCCUUGCCCUCCCACCUCCGCUCAGGGUGGAGAACAGCUGGGAGUACACAUGCACCUGCAGCCAGGGGUUCACUGGACGCAACUGUGAGUUUUUCACAGACCCCUGUGCCAGCAGCCCUUGUCUCCAUGGAAACUGCAGCCGGAGCGAAGGAGGGGAGGAGGGCGAGCCAGCCUACUCGUGCGAGUGCACAGAAGGCUACGAAGGAGAGAGGUGCGAUCAGAUCUUGUUAGACCUGCCGCCCGCCGCCGACUGGGGUCCCGCCACCCCCUCUGCUCCCGAGCUGGCCACACUGGUAACAUCCACCACAAUGGGCACAGCUCCACACCAGCAGCCAACCACGGUCCCAGUCGCCACCACACUGGCACCUCCCACCCUGCAGCCGUGGCAGCCCAAGCCAGGGCAGAGGCUGCUGGUCGUGCAAUGGGAUGCUGACAGGGUCACUGAGGGGCUGCACUGUGUGAGCUCUGAGCUCUGUGAGCUGACAUCAGGAACCCUGACUCUGUCUCUGGAGGUGCCUGAAGAGACUGUCGUGAAGGUGCUGGUGAAUGCCAGUGGAGCGCCAGUGUUGUGGCGCGUGAGUGAAGAGGGUUUUCUCCACUCCUCUAUUCUGAACGGCACCACCAUAUGGUUUCUGCAGGCCCCGGAUGGCCUGGUGGUACCAGACAGUUUGCUGCCCCUGGGACAGAACUACUUCCUCAGUGUGAUCCGUGUUGGCGCUCCCACAGCUCCAGAAGUCACCCUGCGUCUCAACUUAACGGUGAAGGCCAGCAGCUGCGUGGAGCCUGGCAGCAGCUUCAGUGACCCUCAGUGUUCUGGGAAAGGAAAAUGCAUCACGCAGCCCUCUGAGAGCACUUUCUUCUGUGAGUGUGAAGACGGCUACACAGGAAUUUUUUGUGAGGAGCUUGACGCCUGCCACCACCGGCCUUGUCGGAACAAUGGCACUUGCUCUGACGUCAGACAAGGUGGCGAGGGACAAAACUUCACGUGUACCUGCCAGCCAGGUUAUGAAGGCAAGCGAUGCCAGAUGCUGGUAGACCACUGCCUCUCCCAGCCUUGUGAGAAUGGAGCCACCUGCUUCAGCAGCUUGGCCGGACCCAGGUGCUACUGUCCCGAAGGCUACCAAGGCGCUACAUGUGAGCAGAAGGUGGACCCAUGUGCCUCCAGCCCCUGUCAUAACAACGGCACAUGCUACGCCCAGGGCCCUGGACUGCUGGGGUUUGGCUGUAGCUGCACAGCAGGCUUCACCGGCCCCACAUGUGCCCAGCUGGUGGACUUCUGUGCCCUGAACCCCUGCGCCCAUGGUGUCUGCCGCAGUGUGGGCAACAGCUACAGGUGUCUGUGUGUUCCAGGCUACCAUGGCUUGUACUGUGAGGAGGAGUACAAUGAGUGUCUGUCUGCACCCUGCCAAAACUAUGCCACCUGUAGGGAUCUCAUUAAUGCCUACGAGUGUGUCUGCACUCCACAGUUUGAAGGCAGGCACUGUGAGAUCUACAAGGAUCCCUGUGUGGACAUACGCUGCCAGAAUGGAGGUCGCUGUGAAAGCAGUGGACUUAACACUUCUUGUGCAUGUCCACCCGGAUCUGUAGGGGAGGAGUGUGAGGUUGACAUCAAUGAGUGCGAGAGCAACCCUUGUCACCAUGGUGGCACCUGCAUCGACCAAUCAAACGGAUACACCUGCCACUGCCCACUUGGAUGGGUCGGCCCCAGUUGUGAAAUCCACCUGCAGUGGAAACCGGUACACACCGAGGACACUCUGACCAACAUGCCCCGCCACUCACUCUACAUCAUCAUUGGAGCUCUGUGUGUAGCAUUUGUCCUCAUGCUCAUCAUCCUCAUUGUGGGCAUCUGCCGCAUCAGCCGCAUCGAGUACCAGGGAUCAUCACGCCACGCCUACCAGGAGUUCUACAACUGUCGCAGCAUCGACAGCGAGUUCAGCAACGCUAUCGCCUCCAUCCGCCAUGCCAGAUUUGGGAAGAAGUCUCGGCCUGCCAUGUAUGAUGCCACCCCCAUCGCCUACGAGGACUACAGUCCAGAUGACAAACCUUUGGUGACACUCAUUAAGACAAAGGAUUUGUAAAACUCGGCCAUCUCACACCAUAACAAGCUGUAUGUAAAGUGCAAUCACAGAUACAAACUCACUUGUCUAUUAAAAUGAAAGUAUUUCUUAAAACAAACGUAACAUCAAAUCAUAUUUGAAUGUAAAGAAAUAAAAGGAACAUGGUGUAGCUAAAACGAAACAAAUCUGGAGUUUGAUACCCUGUCUAUUUUCUUGAGGAUAAGGCUUCGUAGUAGCAUACUUUGCAAUACUUUUAUGUUAUAGAUGAUGAGCAGCAUUUGCAGUAACCUGUGCUGGACGAUAAAUAGUUGAUGUUAGUCUGAACCAGACAUUCGAUCUGUAGACGAGAUCCAGCGAAUAAAUGCAGUAGACGCCAUCGACCACAGUCCUUCAGAGUGUUAUAGAAUUAGCCACACUUCACAUUUUUGUUUUUGGUAUCAAAACUUUAAAACACCUUCAGUAGGUUGCCUUACUUUGUGCAUGAUUAAAUUUGAUGUUCUCCUUGCAACAUUUUAAAAACCCUUUGUAACUGGUUGUUGCUCUGAUUUUUACACUGCCUCACACAGUAAUUCACACCACUGUUAAAAAUGUAUUUAAUACCUUGAAAGGAAUACAUUUUUUAUUGCAGGACCAUAAUACAGGCCCAUUCAAUAAAUUUGAAUAUUAUUGCAAAGUUCAUGUAUUUCAGUAAAUCAGUUUAGUAAGUGAAACAUAUUGAUUUAUUCUACUCAGACUGAUGUUUUCAAGCCUUUAUUUGUGUUGAUUCCGACCCAACACAUUUUUAAUACAGAAAUGUGGACUGAAUGAAAAGUAUUUUUAAGACCGGCUUAAAGGUUGGUAUAUUUGAAAGGUACUUUAAAUUUGACAAACGAGCCUCAUUGGAAUGCAUAUUCUAAUUUAUUGAAUAUGAGUGUAUAACACCGAGACGUUUUGAAAAAUCCAACCUUUAAUUUUAGUACAAUUUUUAAAAUAAUUGUUGGAACAAAAUCAAUUUUGUGUUGAAACAUUGCAAAUAAUCCUUUUGCCAAAAGAACAGCUCUUGGUCUUCUUCUAUAACAUUUCAUGAGGUUGAAGCACACAGGGGUGUCAAACUCCAGUCCUCGAGGGCCGUUGUCCUGCAGCUUUUAGAUGUGUGCCAAGUCCAACAUACCAAAUUACCAGCUACUGACCUAAUUAUGUUAUUCACAUCUGACACUGAGGACUGGAGUUUGUCCAUCAAGAACUGGAAUCUGUAGCCUGUGGCUGUAGAGUCUGGGGUCUUCUCCUAUGCCAUGGGCAUGAGGGUCUUUUUCACAUAUUUAUUCUUUGUUUUUACACCAGAGCCAUAAAGUUCAACCUUAGUCUCAUCUGAUUAAAGCACACUAUACCAAUUCAAGUCUUAGUGGUGUUUAUCUCAUUCCCCCAUAUCUGUUUGUGAUGGUAACAAGAAAAAAAGAGUUUUUUUCUUUUAUGCCUCUCAAAGAGGCAUAAAAGAUAGCAUCUAAUGGUUAUCACGGAAACCUGGGAACCACAAAAUGCUACCCUUUGCUACAGUUCUCUAGCAAGCUUUGGAGAUUUUUUUCCCUCCCUUAUUAUUCUACUCUCUGUGCCAGGUGGCACUGGGUCAUCAACCAGACUCGUUGGUCAUGGUUCCACGUGUUUGAAACUUUGAAAAUAUUGCUCUGAUAAAAAUAUGGCCAAGUUUAACAAAGUAUUAUUCAUUACCCAUUUUCUACUUAAAACUGUAUGUUCUCCUGUCUUUCCUAUUUUUAAGAGUGGCUAAGAUUUUUUUGUUUCUUAACAUUUGAUUUUUUUUUCCCCCACUGAAUAAAUGUACUAAGAUUAGAGGUUGGAUUUUUCUAAAUGUUUCAGUGUGACAUUUUGCUACUGCAAUCAAAAUAUUAAUAUGUUCAAGGCCUUUUAAACAUAUUUGAUAGGUGUGGCAAUAAUUGUGGAUGGCUCUGUAAAUGCAGAUGUAUUAUUCUCUGUCGAGACUGUGCCAAAUGUUUUCUUUAGUUUUGCUGUGGUUAGUAGACGAAAUCCAAACAUGUAUAAAAUACUAGUCACAGAAUAUUUUCUUUUUAUAUUCGUCCUGUUCUAUACAAGUUUCUCAGUGGUGUAUGAAUAGUAAAGUAAAUUGGUCUACUAGAACUACCCUACAAACCUGCUCUAUGUAUUUCAGUGAUAUGUAGGAUAAUAGCUUGAUAUAUUUCUCACUGCACAGAAAAAUGUUUGGUUUCACUUAGUGUACCUGCUAAUCCCAGUGUACAAAUUCACCUCUCGUACAGACAGUGCUGAAUAGCUUCUGGAUGUAUAUUUCUUUGUGAGAUUAGGCUCUUUGAAAUCACUGUGGAUGAGAGUGAAGAGGAGAAGGAUGAGGAGGAGACUGACAAUGAUGGUAUCGCUUUCAGAACAUACUGCUUCUGCUUGUGUGUUUCUGCUGGUGGAAGGUUUUCCGUUUGUGCAGCUAUGUCGUUCCCCUCAAGGUCGGACAGUGUACCAAUGAGCACCGCGAAUCUUACUAUUUAUUUUUCUCAUUUCAAACACAGUUAUGAUGUGAUUACCUGAUAUCAAUGUUGAAUUAUGUAAACAAUAAAGUGCUCAUAAUCUUA